AUGGAAGCGAAUGCUACUGUAACUCUGCAAGUUGUACAAAGGUCAAUCCAACCGGCCGGAAGUGGAAACGAAAACGGAGAAGGUGCUGAGGACAGCUUGAGAGGUGUUCCGAGAACUCUAGCUGUUUUUGGAAGGUUGACCCGCCAGUUUUCAAUGGUUCGACAAACCAUACUGAAGCAGACAACUGUGGGAGAAGCUCAGCAAUGGUGGCAAGAAAAGUGCCUACUGCUAGACCAACAGAACGUGAACAUUACCUGGGCAUUAUUCGAGGAAGUUUUCUACCGGAAGUACUUUUAUGAGUCAUUAGGGAAGGCCAGAGAAUUGGAGCUCUUGCAGCUGAAGCAAGGGUCCAUGACUAUAGCAGAAUACACCAGCAAGUUUGAGGAAUUCUUUAGGUUCUCGAGGAUAAGUCAGGGUACUCCUGAGUCUUAUGAGGAAUGGAAAUGCAUCAGAUACGAAGUGGGGUUGAGAGAGGAUAAUCUGGCGUGCUGUGGCUCCACUGAAGAUGAGGAGAUUUUCUGA